UUAGGGCGGCUCGGCCCCGCCCCCCGGAUAGCCGCUGCCGAGCGCUAGGCGCGGCCCCGCGGGGCAGCGAGGGUGGGCUGCGGGCAGCAUGGCGACUGCGCCGCAAAAGGGCAAGGUUGUGAAGCGUGGCGAGUCCAAGCCCCGCUUCGUACUGGGUUCCAUCGUCAAGAUCUUCAUGAAGAACUUUCUAACAUACAAUGUCUGUGAAGUAUAUCCAGGACCCAACCUGAACCUGAUUGUGGGUGGUAAUGGCACAGGCAAGUCAAGCAUUGUUUGUGCUAUCUGCUUGGGACUGGCUGGAAAACCUUCUUUCCUAGGGCGAGCUGAUAAGGUAAUUAUGAGCUUUUCUGAUUUUCAUAGUUAAUCUGAAUUUCAUUCU